GAAAUCAAUACAGUGGUAUGAGUAGGUGCGGCGUUAGACAACACCGUAUACAGUUCGCAGUAUUGGGAGCAAAAACACCCGGACAGUUAAGAGGUUCGUUGUAGGCAUCACGUACAGGUCGUUGUUUUACACAAGGAAAAAGAAACUCUAAUACAGAACACCCCGGACAGGAAAGAGACGCAUCGCAGGUCGUUGUUUUACAGAAGGGAACAAAUAACUCUAAGAACACCCCGGACAGGAAAGAGACACUUUGCAGGCUUCGCAGGUCGUUGUUUUACAGAAGGGAACAAAUAACUCUAAGGUGGGACAAGAGUAGUCGUUAAAUACGGGCAAGGCAAUAACAUUUCCUGUACACAGACAUUAUGCUGAAUUUCUUCGUCGAUGCCGCCGUUGUUGACGGCAACGCUGUCGCCGCUGCUGCCGGCACCGCUGCUGCCGGCGCUACUGCAGCCCUCAUCGCCAAAAAAUACUAUCCACAGAAUGUGUCUACAGAAAUGCCGAAGGCACAAGUCGCCAAACAAUGUCAUGAUGACGAUAAUGGAUCUACUUCGUCGGUUGAACGUGAGCAAGUUUCGUUUGGAAACUGGAAUUUGAAAGACAUGUAUGACGCUUGUGAAUCGGGAAACAAAGAAAAAUGUUUUGCAACUCAUGAAAAGUUCCCUGCUUUAUUAACAAAGAACAGUAGCGAAUGUCUUCUUCGCAUUGCUAAAUCUGGAAAUAAGGAUUGCUUUAUCGCUGUAGAAUCUGUGUUGUUUGAAAAAAUAGGAGAGGAGCGUCAACAAUACAUUGCUAAUAUUGUAGAUGCGGAUAACGAAUCCAUGCUUCACAAGGCCUGUCGUUCUGGAAGUAGAGACAUGUAUUCAUAUCUCUGUAAUACAUAUCCAUCUCUUGCUGCUUCUACAGACAAAUCCUCUCUCCUUCAGUUAACAUGUGAGCUAAACAAGGCUGACAUUAUGAGUUUACUGCUACCGUCCGUGAAAGAUGAGAAUGAUAUUGGCAAGUGCCUUACGCAGUAUACGUUGGAUGACCGUUGUAAAAAAGCUGUUGCUUUGGAGCUAAAACAACGUUUAGCGGACAAAUUGAAAGGUUCCUAUCGCAUUGAGCCAACAUUCGACGGUGUAGGAGAAGUGGUAUUCCUGGCUUAUGGAUUAAACGUUGUUUGUGAGAGAGUGGAGCAGUUUACGGGGAUAAAAGUAUUAUUCAGAAACCCCAAAACAGUUAACGAUGAAGCAACUCGAAUAGCAAAUAGUGAGGAAAUGAGGUCAUUGAAUACAAGCAACAUCAAGGGCAUUACAUAUGCUGCUUGGAAAGCGAUCCAGAUGCAUGGCACGCGUCUGAUGCAAUCACAUUCGAACAUCAAUGCCUUGGGAGUCUCGCAUUUGAAGUCCAGAAAAGGAGGCAAAGACUUGAAGCUGGCAGAAACAGCCCUUGUAGUUGUAUAUUGUAGUUCAAAAGGAUUAAGGCCAAUACAAUAAGAUGUAUUUCCGCAUCAGCUUUUGGUUGAUGAUAUUGCUGUCUUGAUAGAUGUACGUGAAGGAUUCUUUGAAAUUGCACCACGUACCUAUUCAGCAAUACCAAGCUCACAUUUCCAUCCUAAACUAAAGAUGAGAUGCGAAUGCGACGUUGAAGAGGAUGGACAAAGUAGGGGUGGAACUAUUGGUCCUUUUGUGAAAAUACACAGCAAAAAGGAUGGUGUUCUCGAAGGAUUUCUGACAUGCGCACAUGUUGCUUAUGGAUUCAAGGACGGAUAAGAUAGUUAUAGCUAUGAUGAAAUCAACACUCUUACUCAACUGCAAGUCAACCAGCCUGCAGUGGAUAACUUCUCCAAGCCUCCGCCAAAAAUCACGUUUGAGAGAAAGUGCGGUAAGACCUAUCGCGGCACAUGUGGUGUAACAGUAGAUGGCGUGACUGUAGAUGCCGCAGUAGUAGCCGUCCAGAAGGACAGAAUGCCGUCAGGGGGAGAGUUCGCCAUUUUCCGAAAUAACCAGCUCGCUGAAAUAGGUUUCAGGACAUUUCCUGUAUUUGAUUCUGCUGACCAGGCAGAGCCAACAGAGAUAAUGAAUGAAGAUAUAGUAAAGUUCGGAGCUAUAACACACGCAACAAAAGGAUUGUAUGUAUCACUUGUCCACGUGAGAGAACCCCUUUCAGUAGGAAUAACCGGACCUACUGGAUUGACAAAAAUGCGUUUUGAAAUGCAAGGACAGCUCGAGAUCAGUAGUUGUGUGUC